AUGAAUAAACCACCAGCCAACAGUCUGGAGGCGGCGGUGCCCCCGGGCCACCACGAUGGCCCGUGCGCGCCCAGGACGAGCCCGGAGCAGGAGCUUCCCGCGGCCACUGCCGCGCCGCCGCCGCGUGUGCCCAGGUCCGCUUCCACCGGCGCACAAACUUUCCAUGCCCCCGACGCGCGAGCCUGCGAGGCCGAGCGGCCCGGAGGAGCGGGGGCUUGCAAACUGAGUAGCCCUCGGGCGCCGGCGGCCUCGGCGGCUCUGCGGGACUGGAGCGAGGCGCACGGUGCGCAGGCCGCCCCUCCUUCAGGGGGAGCCGGGCCCGGCAAUGCGCUGCCUUGUAAGAUUCCAGCCCUGCGGGGCCCGGAGGGGGAUGCGAAUGUGAGUGUGGGCAAGGGCACCCUGGAGCGGAACAAUACCCCGGCCGUAGGCUGGGUGAAUAUCAGCCAGAGCACCGUGGUGCUGGGCACGGAUGGAAUCACGUCCGUGCUCCCGGGCAGCGUGGUCACCGCUGCCGCCCAGGAGGACGAGCAAGGGGAUGAGAAUAAGGCCCGAGGGAACUGGUCCAGCAAACUGGACUUCAUCCUGUCCAUGGUGGGGUACGCAGUGGGGCUGGGCAAUGUCUGGAGGUUUCCCUACCUGGCCUUCCAGAACGGGGGAGGUGCUUUCCUCAUCCCUUACCUGAUGAUGCUGGCUCUGGCAGGGUUGCCCAUCUUCUUCCUAGAAGUGUCCCUGGGCCAGUUUGCCAGCCAGGGGCCAGUGUCUGUGUGGAAGGCCAUCCCAGCCCUGCAAGGCUGUGGCAUCGCAAUGCUGAUCAUCUCCGUCCUAAUAGCCAUAUACUACAAUGUGAUUAUUUGCUACACACUUUUCUACCUGUUUGCCUCCUUUGUGUCUGUGCUGCCCUGGGGCUCCUGCAACAACCCUUGGAACACGCCAGAAUGCAAAGACAAAACCAAACUUUUACUAGAUUCCUGUGUGAUCAAUGACCAUCCCAAAAUACAGAUCAAGAACUCGACUUUCUGCAUGACCGCCUAUCCCAACUUGACAAUGGUUAACUUCACCAGCCAGGCCAAUAAGACGUUCGUCAGUGGGAGUGAAGAGUAUUUCAAGUACUUUGUGCUGAAGAUUUCUGCAGGGAUUGAGUAUCCUGGCGAGAUCAGGUGGCCACUAGCCCUCUGCCUCUUCCUGGCUUGGGUGAUUGUAUAUGCCUCCUUGGCGAAGGGAAUCAAGACUUCAGGAAAAGUGGUGUACUUCACGGCCACGUUCCCAUAUGUUGUGCUCGUGAUCCUUCUCAUCCGAGGAGUCACCCUGCCCGGGGCCGGCGCUGGGAUUUGGUACUUCAUCACACCAAAGUGGGAGAAACUCACGGAUGCCACGGUGUGGAAAGACGCCGCCACUCAGAUUUUCUUCUCUUUAUCUGCUGCAUGGGGAGGCCUGAUCACUCUCUCUUCUUACAACAAAUUCCACAACAAUUGCUACAGGGACACGCUGAUUGUCACCUGCACCAACAGCGCCACCAGCAUCUUCGCCGGCUUUGUCAUCUUCUCAGUCAUCGGCUUCAUGGCCAACGAACGCAAGGUGAACAUCGAGAACGUGGCCGACCAAGGGCCAGGUAUUGCAUUCGUGGUUUACCCAGAGGCCUUAACCAGGCUGCCCCUCUCUCCCUUCUGGGCCAUCAUCUUUUUCCUGAUGCUCCUCACUCUUGGACUUGACACUAUGUUUGCCACCAUCGAGACCAUAGUGACAUCCAUCUCGGACGAGUUCCCCAAGUACCUGCGCACACACAAACCGGUCUUUACCUUGGGCUGUUGUGUUUCCUUCUUCAUCAUGGGCUUCCCAAUGAUCACCCAGGGUGGAAUUUACAUGUUUCAGCUUGUGGACACGUACGCCGCCUCCUAUGCCCUCGUCAUCAUCGCCAUCUUUGAGCUCGUGGGGAUCUCCUAUGUGUACGGCUUGCAAAGGUUCUGUGAAGAUAUCGAGAUGAUGAUUGGAUUCCAGCCAAACAUUUUCUGGAAAGUCUGCUGGGCCUUUGUGACUCCAACCAUUUUAACUUUUAUCCUCUGCUUCAGCUUCUACCAGUGGGAGCCCAUGACCUACGGCUCUUACCGGUACCCGAGCUGGUCCAUGGUGCUCGGUUGGCUCAUGCUUGCCUGCUCCGUUAUUUGGAUCCCGAUUAUGUUUGUCAUAAAGAUGCAUCUGGCUCCUGGCAGAUUUAUUGAGAGGUUGAAGUUGGUGUGCUCGCCGCAGCCGGACUGGGGUCCCUUCUUAGCUCAGCACCGUGGGGAGCGUUACAAGAACAUGAUCGACCCCUUGGGGACCUCUUCGCUGGGACUCAAACUGCCAGUGAAGGAUUUGGAACUAGGCACCCAGUGCUAG